AACGAGAGCACCAAGCGUCGCUGAACCACGCACGCAACCGUCCGCACGCGAAAACCCCCGCGAGCAUGUCGCUGCAUAGAGUCUCCGCCCGAGCGGGCAGCCUCGUGCGCGCUCGCUGCGCCGUCGUCGCGAACCUUGUUUCGCCGCCGUGCAUCGGCCUGCGGUACGCCAGCACGGCCGCACCCGCCUCCGUCGCCGACACGGGGUUCUGGAAGUCUCUGGUCCCCAAGCCGCUGCGCAAGGAGAACCGCCAGAGCCUGCGGAAGAAGUCCAAGGAAUGGAACCCCGCAACCUACUUCAUCGUCAUGUUCCUCUUCAUCGGCUCCAUGUCGAUCCAGAUGAUCGCCCUGCGCAAGCAGACGGAACAGUACGCGAGGCAGUCGUCCAACCGGAUAGCGCAGCUCCGGGAGGUGGUUCAGAGGAUCCAAAACGGCGAAGACGUCGAUGUCGAGAAGGCACUGGGGACAGGCGACCCGCAGAAGGAAGCAGAAUGGGAAGAGGUGUUGAGAGCCAUUGAGAAGGACGAGCCAUCGCGCAAACCGCACAAGGAAAAAAAGCAGCAGGACCAAGAGCUAAAAGCACAGGAAUCAAGUCCAAUCAGGAACAGCGACGAAACACCCACCAGUGAACAGCCGCCGGCAAAGACGAAGACUGCGAGCCUUGGCAAUUUCUUUUAAACUCAACGCGUACUGUGCGGUAUCCAACACAUGACGCAAUAUGUACAUAUAUCUAGCCCUAUGAGAGCAUGUCCUUGAAGGCAUGUUCUCUAGGCGCUCCAGCAACGAAGCCUGCCCCGGUCGUUGCGGCGGCUUGCUCCUUGCGCAGCUCCGAGACCAACGCAGGCAGCAGAUGGUCUGUCGACUCCUCCACUCUCACCCCCUGCUCUCCGGCCUGCUGCGCGUCCAGGUCAGCGAAGAACUGUUCCUCGCCUCUCACGCCACCCAUGUUUACAAUGGCGAUGGGCAUCCCCCGAUCCCUGGCGCGCUUGGCCAGUCUCCACGCCGAGUACGUGGCCAGCGAGGUGCCAAGCACAAGCAGCCUGCCCGCGCCGUCUAUCGCCUCCUCCGCCGCCGAUUUGACGUUACUAGCGAUGCUCUCGCCAAACAUGACGACCGCCGGCUUCAGAAUCCCACCCGUGCUGGGAAGUUGCCAGGCGCCCUCGGUAUCAACCUGGACGGUGUGCCGGUGGCCAUCCGGUUUGAGCGGCGGUUUCUCCAGGCACUUUGGGCAGGAAGGGUAUCUGAACGUGGUGUAAGGGGCCUCGGGCAGGUCGACGUCACCGUCAGGAUUGGAUUUGAGACCCCGGUACCUCCGCUCCACGGGGUCCUCGGUGUUGAGGGCACCCGACGCCAAAGCCUCCCGGAGAAGGUCCGCCCACCGUGGGUUGAGUCGGGCGAGCUGCUCCUGAAAUUCGUCUCGGGAGAACUCGCUGCGACAUGUGGUACAAACGGUUGCCCUCAGGUAGCCGUGCAGCUCUAUUGUUGGUAUUUGAGGAUGGGCCUUUGGGUGGAAGGAAUCAACAUUCUGUGUAAUAACACCGCGAAUCAAGCCC